AAUUGUUCUCACGUAGACGCCGUCUCCGCCGUGGAUGGGCCAGUCACAUUCAUUUACCGCCGGAGUUGCUAAUCUCCGCCGAGACAACGUCGUCAAUCACAGUUGCAGAUCCAUGGAGGCCAAAGAUCCCAAGGAACUUCGUGUGCUUUUAACGGAAACAAAGGUUGAUGAUGAUGAACAAGAAUGGGGUUCCGGAGAUAUAUUGAUUCUUCCAGACGCAUGUCUUGCUUGCAUUUUUCAGUUCCUUGGAUCCGGCGACCGAAAACAAUGUUCACUCGUUUGCCGGCGGUGGCUUGAGAUCGAGGGCCAGAGUCGUCACCGUCUCUCCCUCAACGCCCAAUCGGAACUACUUUCCGUCGUUCCGUCUCUCUUCUCUCGAUUUGACUCCGUAACGAAACUCUCCCUCAAAUGUGAUCGUAGAUCCGUGAGUAUCGGCGACGAUGGACUCAUUUUAAUUUCUCUGCGUUGCCAAAAUCUUACGCGCCUUAAGCUCCGAUCUUGCCGACAAUUGACGGAUUUAGGCAUGGCUAGUUUUGCAAAGAACUGCAAGGGUUUGAAGAGGCUUUCGUGUGGAUCUUGCACUUUUGGUGCUAAAGGAAUGAACGCUCUGGUCGACAAUUGCUCGUCUCUAGAAGAAUUAUCGGUGAAGCGCUUACGUGGCAUCAGUACUGGAGCGGCAGCGGAGCCUAUCGGACCUGGUUUAGCUGCAUUAUCUCUUAAGUUCAUCUGCUUGAAGGAUCUUUACAAUGCACAGUGUUUUGGACCGCUAAUAAUGGGCUCGAAGAAUCUAACAACAGUAAAGUUAUUUAGGUGUUCUGGGGACUGGGAUAGACUAUUGGAGCUUGUUACUGAUCAUGUAGAGGGAUUGACAGAGGUUCAUCUGGAAAGGCUACAGGUGAGUGAUGCCGGCUUGGCAGCCCUUUCUCGUUGUCAAAAUCUGGAAAUACUGCACAUCUUGAAAACUCCCGAUUGUUCCAAUUCAGGGUUAAUUUCUGUUGCUGAGAACUGUAAGCUUUUGAGGAAGCUUCACAUUGACGGGUGGAAAACGAAUAGGAUAAAUGAUGAAGGGUUGAUUGGUGUGUCCAAAUACUGCCCUAACCUUCAGGAGCUGGUGCUUAUUGGUGUUAAUUCUACUCGUGUCAGUCUAGAGCUACUGGCUACAAAUUGCCAGAAGUUAGAGCGAUUAGCACUAUGUGGAAGCGAAACUGUUGGAGAUGCUGAAAUUUCCUGCAUUGCUGAGAAAUGCACAGCUUUGAAGAAGCUGUGCAUCAAGAGUUGCCCUGUAUCUGAUCAUGGAAUGGAAGCACUCGCAGGUGGGUGUCCAAAUUUGGUAAAGGUUAAGGUGAAGAAAUGUCGUGGAGUGACUGGUGAUGGUGCUGGUUGGUUGAGGGCUAGUAGGGGGUCAUUGGCUGUCAAUUUGGACACUACAGAGGUCGAGAGUCAGGAUGCAGCUAGUGAUGGUGUGGUUGAGAACCCUUCUGUAGGUAGUCAAGUUGGAGGUGAUAGCAAUGUUGCUUCUAGCAGUACUAGUAGAUCAACAUCAUUUAAGGCUAGAUUAGGCCUUAUUGCUGGUAGAAAUUUAGUGUCUUGCACCUUCAGGAAGUGUUCAAGUUUCACCCGGAAUCGAUGAGCAAGGAAUGGUUUACAGUUGAUGAUGUUAAUGAGGUGAAAAGAGUAGGAAAAAUUGCUGGGUCACUAUACAGUCCUGUUUAACUUUUUUUUAAUGUAUGCUUCUUUCAUGUUCUAAAGUCGGUCUGCAUUGAUGGCAAUUUAUAUGAAAUUUGUUCUUUCUUCUCUUCUCAUCAUGCAAACAAAUGUUCUCUUUAUA